AUGGCGGAAUUUCAGGUCUGCAUUGACAACCACAAACUAAUGGAGAUGGCUGGAAGUGGAUCAAACCAUACUUGGUAUAACAACCAGGAGGCCAAUCCCAUAACCAGGAAGCUGGAUAGGUGUCUCAUAAACGAAGCAUGGUUUAAUUUGUAUCCCCACUCCAAUGCAUUAUUCGAUGCUCCAUGCCGCUCUGAUCACACUCGUAUAUUGGUCUCGAUGUCAAUCGAUAGAGAGACCCGGAAAGUGCCUUUCAAAUUCUACAAUUUAUUCACAAGUCAACCGGAUUUUCCUACUAUUCUCCAGAACGCGUGGAACGGUCAUGAUCACAGUGUCUCAACUAUAUUUCGACUUUGUCAGAAGCUCAAGGGAGUUAAGAUGGGUUGCAAGGAACUCAAUAGGACAUGCUUCAGCAACAUACAAGCUCGUAAUGGAAAAGCUUAA